AUGAAGCACGAAAAAGGCCGAUCCAUUACAGGAAUACAAGCUAAGAGAAAUACUUCAAACAGUGCUAGUACCGCCACGCUCGUCCGCCUCCGCUACCUGUUCAGCUAUAACGAUCCAAGCGACUACCUCUACAACAUCGCCAACAUCGCCACCUGGUCUAUCAUCGAGUCCGGAAUAGGCCUAAUCGCCGGCUCGCUACCCGCGUUACGCCCGCUGCUCAAAUACGUGCCCUUCCUCGGCGGCGACAGCGCCGGCUCUAGCGACCGCACAAAGUCCACCGGCGUCAAGGCAUCGUCCGGCGGCCUAACCUUCCGCCGCAGCCGACACACUAGCCGACACAAGCUUGACGUGUUGAACCCCAACCCUGGCGGCGGAGGAUUGACGACGUGCGAGGCAGGGAAGCGCAACUGGGAAGAGCUGAGUGAUGCCGAGAGCCAGAAGUAUAUUCUUAAGGAGAGCCAUGUGGCUGUUACCCAUAUGGCGGUUGCUGAUAUUGAGGCUGGUGAGAACGGUGGUUCGAGUCAGGAGGCUGGUUGUUUUGAUAAAUCAAGGUUUAAUAAGUGA